AUGUCGACGACGCUGCCCUACCGAACGGCCUCGAAUAAUAACCUCCAGCAUGAGAGAAACCCUUCGCUCGGGUCGUAUGCGACCUCCGGCCCGCCGCGUUCGGCCAGCAACGGACUGUCCCAAUUGUCCCCUGAAUCGUCUUUCGUGAGAAGAUCUCCGAGCCAUGCGCGACAUCUAGCAAAAUCAGGCCGACCACGACGAUACAAGUCCCAAUAUCCCCGCAAUUCCCCCGAGCGCCAUGUCGAGUAUAUCCUGGUGGCCUCCUUUCACAUUGACCGGGGGCCCAUCAUGGAGCAUCAGUAUCCUGUCCCCAUCAGUGGCGACGAAAGCAUGCUGGCAGAACUGAUGCUGCCGGACCAGACCCAUGUCCGGAGGCGCGAAAAAGAAGCGAAAAAAAAACGAAGGGCGGAGCGCGAGGACGGAGAUUAUGACGACGAUGACGAGCAGGAAGAGAACUCCGACACAGGGACGGGUGACGACGAGAGCAGUGACGAGGAGGAAGAGGGCGGGGAAGGCCCGCCCCUGAUGUACGUGUUGAAUCUGGUCAAUACGAAACAGGAUAAUACUGUUAGACGGUAUGUCUCCCUCCGUCUGGGCCUGCUGUGCGCGGCUGACGAGAACAGGGGUGCUGUUGUCAAAGCAAUGGCAAUAUGCACACGACAUUCAUUUCUUCAUAUAUAUAAACCAUUACUCCUGCUCGCCCUAGAGGACUAUUUCAAAUCGCCGUAUCCCGAAACGCUGGCCACGCUCUACAAUGCCGUGAACGCGAUGGACCUUUCGCUCAUGCCCCGACUGUCUUUGCUCGAGCGGAGCAUCCUGCAGGCCAGUGAUUCGAAAGACAUGUUUAUCGAGAAAUUCGAACGCAUGAUCGAACAGCGCCUCGAGGACGAAGGAGUCGAAAACACUGUCUCUUCACCUGGGGAAUCGCCACCAAAGCCGAAAUAUACACCACCGCGAGAUACCCAUGAGUUCGAGUCCAAGGUCAUCUACAACGACAUCCCCAUACCCGUCAAGGUUCCCACCGCGAUCUGGCCGGAGACCGUGGGCGAUUUCUCUUUGAUCAAGCUGAUCCAGACUUUCGCGGGUCCGCACCAGGCGUCGCCUCAACCUUUCGCGCUUCAUCCGCACCUCACGACGAGUGGGGCGUAUACUCAUCCGAUUAUCGUGCUCGUGAAUGCCAUGUUGACCCAGAAGCGCGUCGUAUUCCUCGGGCACAAUCGUCCCUCGGGCGAAGUAGCAGAGGCGGUCCUGGCGGCGUGUGCGCUGGCGUCGGGUGGGAUCCUGCGGGGGUUUACUCGGCAUGCAUUCCCCUAUACCGACUUGACCAAGAUCGACGAUCUUCUCAAGGUGCCUGGAUUCAUCGCGGGAGUGACGAACCCCACGUUUGCCAACCACCCCGAGUGGUGGGAUCUGCUUUGUGAUCUGCCCUCUGGUCGGAUGAAAAUCAGCAGCCACAUCGAGCCCGCGCCGGUCACGGAGGGAUUGCUGUACUUCCAGCAGCAGAAUAUCAACGUCACGGCGAACCAGAACGACAAAAAUAAUGCGCAUGCGGAUCCCACGGGCGACAACGCGUUUAUGGAGGACAUCAUGCGGAGCAUCACCCAGCGGCACGGGGAGGGGGCAAUCCGGGCGAAAUGGCGCGCCUACAUUCAGAAAUUCACCCGCAUCGCGGCUGCCUUCGAGGAGACGGUGUAUGGAGCGUCGGCGCUGUACAUCAUCGGGCCUGGCGAGGAACCUUCCUCCAGCCCCAGUGGUGCCAAACCCGACCCGUCGGAUCCGGCGUCCCUUCGGGGCCAUGGCUAUGUCUGGCCGGAUGAAGCGUCCAAAAUGCGGGAGCUGGCGGCAAGCGUGUCGCGCAUCGAAGGCUGGCGCAAUACGCGAUCUUACUAUGCCUUCAUUCAAGAUGUCGCCUCGUCGUACCACGCGUCGGGGCCGAUCAAGUCACUGGACCUGCAGCACCAUCACGACCGGUUACGAUCCCUGAAACUCUCCCACGAGGAGAGCGGAGCCAUCUACCUGGCCUUUUCGCAUGCGGUGCGGGAUUAUGCGGGCAUCUGCCAGUUGCUCACUGUCACGCCGGAAAGCCAGGCGGGGUUGUUUUAUAUCAGCCUGGGGCUCUUCCAUCCGGACGUGAACGUGCGCGAAGCGACCGUGGACCUGCUGGAGCGGAUCGCAAACCACGAGGCCGGGCGGCAUUUCUGGAACCAUCUCUCGCGGUUCGCCAAGUUGGCGUACUUCCGGGUGAAGCGCGAGAAGGAGGCCGUCACAAGUCCGGCGACCAGCCCGACGGGUUUCAGCGGACAAUCCAGCCAGCAGCAGAGCCUGGUGGGCGUGGCCCUGGGAGACGCAUCACACCGCAGGAGCUAG